CAUUUAAAACCUCCACCACAGUAUCGAAAUUCUGAUCCAAAUCUUGAUAUGAUGCAAAUCUGAAUGCUUCUAGUCUUGAGUGUUGCAUGUUAGAUGAAGGGUAAUCUGUGUGCCCAUAAACUGGAAAUUUAUUAAUUUUGUUUCUGUUGAAUCAAUUUUGCUAAUCCCCUAUUUUCAUCAACUGUUUCUUCUGGUGACCAGUCUGAUUGAAACGUUGUCAUCAAAGACCCAUUACGAUAUGGAUUAGAAAAAUGCCUCAAAAUAUUGAUGGAAACAAAAUGUGCUAAAACAGGCGGAUUGCAUGCUUCUGAAAAACAUAAACUGUUAUUGGCGUGACAGAAAAGUACGGAGAUUGAGAUCGAGCCAAGAGAGCUCGGAAGGAUUCAGAAGGGUCCCUCACUGGUAUUAGUGUAGCCACAAUCGAGAGAGGCGACAGGGUACUUGAAUUGCACGGAUUGACAGAAGAGGCCGUGGUCUCUUUGGAUAGAAGCAAAGCCUCACCCUUGGAACCCGGAGAAAUUCCCAUUGACAGUGUUGCAAUCCCAUCAAGCCCCACACCCAAUGGCACCUCAGAUGGUGGUAUUGAGUCUCUCACUUCAGCACCAGAUGGCAGCACCUUCAACAGCAGCGAGAGUUGGGUAAUGUCAACUGGCUCUCCUUUAGCAGUGAAAAGUGAACCCAAUUGUGACACGAGCCCAGUGGAUUUCUCAGUCACUGAUUCUCUGGACAACUUAACAGGAGAGCUGAGCAAAUCUAAUACAGAAGUCGGACUGGACCCAACACUGACUUCUUUUUAUAAUAGCAACAGCCCCUCCAUUGCUGUAACCUCUAAUUUAGCAGCCUCCACAGCAGCUGCCAACAUGAACACGGCAUACUCGCAGUUUGGCCUCCAAACAGGCUUCAGCUAUCAACAGCCAGGGGGCUAUCCCCUCAUGUACAACCCUCAGGACUUGAAGAAACCACAGGUGGGACAGAGCACUGGGAGUUACUAUCCCCCCUCAGGCUACAGCCAGGCCACACAGUACAUGUACCCGACUCAAGUGCCCUUCACUAGUGCUAAUCCUGCCAGUAACACAUCAUCCAAUUCCUCAGCACAACAGCCUUUAGAAUACAAUUACCCUGGGUAUCCAACUGGCUAUUUUUAUCCUGGAGUACCCACAAAUUCUUCGGUGGCUGUACCCCCCUCUACACAGACCUACCAGCUAGUGGAUGUUCCUCAUACAGCAACAGGGAGUCCACAAUCUGAUGUCACUUCCUGUCUUGUGGGAAGUGGACAUGUUAGCCCAAAAGUAACCCCUCAACAUGAAACGUUCCCCAGCAUUAACCCCUCACCCUCACCCCCUGGUAUGCGGGACAACACAUCCUCUAAGCGCAGCAAUCGUAACAGAAGCACAGGAAGUCGAAGUGGUCGGACUACCGCCUCCCCGGGACCAGAGUCAGAUCUAGAACGUGUAUUUGUGUGGGAUUUAGACGAGACAAUCAUUAUAUUUCAUUCACUGCUCACAGGAACAUAUGCACAAAGAUAUGGCAAGGAGUACCAUUCCUCAGUGUCGCUGGGAGUGCGCAUGGAAGAAAUGAUCUUCAACCUGGCCGAUUCUCACCUGUUUUUCAAUGAUUUGGAGGAGUGCGAUCAAGUCCACAUUGAUGAUGUCUCCUCUGAUGACAAUGGACAAGAUUUAAGCUCAUACAACUUUGCCACUGAUGGCUUCAAAGCAGCGACUUCCAAUGCCAAUCUAUGCCUAGCUACAGGUGUGAAGGGGGGUGCUGAUUGGAUGCGAAAAUUGGCUUUUCGAUAUCGCCGCAUCAAGGAAAUAGUUAAUGGCUACAGAAAUAACGUAGGAGGAUUAAUAGGACCCCAGAAACGAGAUCAAUGGCUGCAGUUGCGACAGGAAAUUGAGUCUGUAACAGACAACUGGUUAACUCUGGCUCUGAAAUGUUUACAGAUCAUCAACUCCAGGCCUAACUGUGUAAAUGUGCUGGUGACCACCACUCAACUGGUUCCCGCAUUAGCCAAAGUCCUACUGUAUGGACUAGGUGGUGUUUUCUCUAUAGAAAAUGUAUACAGUGCCACUAAAAUUGGAAAGGAUAGCUGCUUUGAUAGAAUUGUUGCCAGAUUUGGUAGAAAGUGUACCUAUGUUGUCGUGGGAGAUGGAAGGGAUGAAGAACAAGCCGCUAAACAGUUGACUUGGCCAUUCUGGAGAGUGUGUAACCAUUCCGACUUAGUUGCCUUACAUCAUGCUUUGGAUUUAAACUACCUCUAGAGCGCUCUUGUCCUAACCUUGCUUUGUGUGAAAGGAGUGGAAUGUGGAGCAGACUAUGGAAAGCUUGCUGGUUCUUAGAGUGAGUGGAUGCCAGAGUCGGGGAAAAUACUGAAGCAUGGAUGUUUGUGGUGAAAAUUCCCCAUCACAAACUUUAAGUGGUGCAAUAUUAGAUGGAGGAAAGUUGAGAAAGAAGUGCCAUGUACUGCUUUAAGCUGCCAUAUGCAUAAUACAUAAACUUCUAUUCUGUGUUUUAUCAACAUUGGAAGAUGACCAUAUCCAUGAUGGGGUUAGAGUUACGUGUACACAAUGUGUAAAUGUUGUGAUAGUCCAAGACUUUAUGAGGAUAUUAUGAACAUUCAUGAAUGAAUGACCAGACUAUAUUGUCAUAAAGUGAUAUUAUUUGAGGGAGUCUUUCCUUUAUCUUGAAUGACCUUUGAAUUUUGAUUGUCAUGACCCCAAGAUUUGAAAUCAUGUGAAUGUGAGAAUCUGUCCACUCAGAUUUUGUUGAUUUUUUUUUUACUUUCAUUGUACUGUUUAUUCACCCCAUAUGUAUAUAGCUACAUUAUAUGACAAAUGAUUUAUGAAUUAUCUGUGUAUAUUGAGAAAUACACACCCUUAACAUUAUAUAUCCAUAAUAUAUAAACUAUAUAGCUGAGAGCAGGUAGACAGCUCACAACUUGGGCGCAGCACUGUAAACAGGUGAUUUUUUCUCCUGUGACUUUCACACCCUCACAGACAAUUGGAUUAAUUUGCUUCUUGGUAUUUUGAAAGACACUUCCUCCGCUGCUUUAUUUAAUACAAAUACAAAAAAAACAGGUUUAGCUGCCAAUUCCAUAAAAAAAACCACCUGUAUUGAUUAUAGGGAAGAAAAAAGCAGCUAUUUUCAUUACUGCCCAUUAAACCUUAUUUGUAUGUGCCAAGUAUUAUUUAUGAGAACUGCUAGACAACUAGCCCUUAGUGUUUUACUUUAAACCAAUUUUCACUCUUAAAAUCUUUUACUUUUUGUGUGCAGAUGUGAAAUUUAUGUCACAAAUGUUAAGAUGUAGACUUUAUAAGAACAGAUCGGUUCUGGACCAGACAUAUUUUGUUGAGUACGGAGUGUACUUGUAGAGAUUUCUGUCCCAAUGAGUUGAAAUUGGUUUACAGUAAUAACAUCAGGUGGUGCUAAUGCCAGGAGCACCACCUGAAUUCAGUGAGUGUAGUGGUGCUAGAACGUCAACAAGAAUUAUUAGUUUUGAACCAAAGAAAAAAAGCACCAAUCAAAAAUGACCACUGCAUCGUAUGUGUGUGUGUUGAUAAGUAUUGACAUAUCAUUAUAAUGGUUUAUGUAUUCAAUGCGAGAGACAAUCCCUCUAUCUCAAGUGUAGGCUUCAUAGCUGUCCUGAGUUUGUUUAGUAUUUUAUGUCAUAUGCUUUAACUAUUUCAAAGUAUUCUUAAAAGAGGCAGAGAACCUUAGAGAGCUGUUGUUAGGAAGCGUAAGGGGUGAUGCUGGGUAUACCCAUAGUACCUGUUAGAUUAUUACCUGGUUGUGAUGUGAGGAUACAAUCAAAAUAUUUUGUUGUUGUUGAGAAUUUAUACCACCACCACCUUUUUUUAAUCUUGGCAGUAUUUGCUUUUAUCCAAUCAAACAGUUUUAGUAAGCUUUGUUUUAUUAUUUUAAGAUUCAUUUUGUUUAAAAUAUACAUGUACAAUGUAAUAACUAAAUAUAUUAUUUUCUUAAACAUUUUAAAUGUCAUGUAUUACCCGAAUUAGCAGAUUUUUAGAAAAAUUUUUAAUGUCCCUUUUUAUGCACUUAAAAUGUCUUGGUUGCUUUUAAGUAUCCAUUCCUUCAAUUUUAAUAAAUUUUUAAUUAUCUGAAUCACUUAUUUAUCAUUUUGUUUGGCCGAGUUUUUGUGUGAUUGGUCUCCAUGCACAUCAGUACAUUUUACUUAUAUAUAGAACUAUGUUGUGGUCUUUUUUCACAUUGAAGUCCCUGGGUCAGAAUUUGUUCACUGUGUUCUGAGUGAACUACUGUCCUAUCAUCAAGCCCCGAUUUCCUACUCAUCAUUAUAAGGUUGUACAUGUGUUGUCCCCUCAUUCUGAAGUUUGUUCCGUGUAUCUUAAAUCUGAUUGUGUGUCAUAUAACUUUGUCAAGUUUUUGUACAGUUCAGCUUUAACCAAAGAUUUUGUACUUGGUGGUCAAUCUGGUAUAUUUGCUGGCAGCCGCGGCUCCAGUGAAUUUUUUUCCCUCAUAUCUUCAUAAAUAUAUAUUAUAAUUCAGUCCAAUUUUUGUGAGACAGGUUGUAUGAUAUUUGAAAAAAAUUAAAAUGCAUGAGGAGAAUAAGCAAUAAAAUGUAUGAAAACUAAA